AUGACAUCUCCAGUGUUGGCUCUCUGUCUCACAUGUUUGUUCUUGGGAAAAAUGACUCAGACUACUAAUCUGAAAUUGUCUUCAUCUGUUCCUCAAGAGAGUGGUUUUGUUUCAGUUCAAACUGGGGACAAGUUGACUUUGCAAUGUUCCGGUGAGGGUUCUGUUCCUGCAAGGCUUUACUGGUAUAAACACACUCUGGGACAGAAACCGAGGGCCAUCUCUAGCUUUUACAAGUAUGAAAGAAAUCACACUUUUUAUGAUGAAUUCAAGAAUAAUCCACGCUUCUCACUGGACACUGAAAACGGUAAAAACAACUUGAUGAUCACAGAUUUACGCAUUUCAGAUUCAGCUACUUACUACUGCAUUAAUUAUUCAUAUACAUUAAAAUUUUCGGAGAGUGUUAUUGUCAGUGUAAAGGGUUCAGGUUUGACCGUCCCAGUUUUGGUCCAUCAGUCAGCAUCUGAGCCCAUCCAGCCAGGAGGCUCUGUGACUCUGAACUGUACAGUACACACUGGGACCUGUGAUGGAGAACACAGUGUUUACUGGUUCAAAAACUCUGAAGAAUCUCAUCCAGGACUCAUUUACACCCAUGGAGGCAGGAACGAUCAGUGUGAGAGGAAACCCAACACACAAACACACACCUGUGUCUACAACUUGCCAUUGAAGAGCCUGAAUCUUUCUCAAGAUGAGACCUACUACUGUGCUGUUGCCUCAUGUGGACACAUACUGUUUGGAAACGGGACCAAGUUGGACAUUGAGCAUGAGGUGAACUCUCAUGUGUUGGUGUAUUGCUUGAGUGGAGCUUUGACAUUUGCUACCAUCCUGGUUGUUUUACUGGCUUUCUCAUUGUACAAGACCAACAAGAAAAACAGCUUCCAAUCUACAGAGUCUCAAGCAAGAUUUCCAGCUCCUUUGACAGCAAAUGCAGAGGGCUACCAGGACUCAGACAACCUCCAUUAUGCAGCUCUAAGUGUUGACCUGCCCAACAGAUCAAGAAGACAGGAGAACACCAAGAGAGAAUGUGUGUACGCCAGUGUGAAGCUGUAG